UUCACGGCCCAUCGUGUGGCAUCCGCUGCCGCUUGUUGCUCUACCCACCGGAGCCGCCGCCGUUUGUGGUCUCUCCGGCGAACGCGACUCGUCCCUCACUGCAUAAGGAGGAAAGAGAGGAUGAGGGCCAUGGUGCAGCGCGUCCUCUCGGCCAGCGUCGAGGUGGAGGGGCGAGUAGUGUCGGCGAUCGGGCAGGGACUCCUUGUCCUCGUCGGCGUCCACGAGGCUGACACCGACUCCGACGCCGACUACAUCUGUCGGAAGGUCCUGAAUAUGAGGGUAUUUCCUAACGAGAAGACUGGGAAACCAUGGGAUCAAAGUGUUAUGCAGCGUAACUUUGAAGUCCUAUUAGUCAGUCAGUUUACCUUAUACGGAAUCCUGAAGGGUAACAAGCCAGAUUUUCAUGUGGCUAUGUCACCUUCAAAAGCAAAACCAUUCUAUGCUUCUCUAGUUGAGAAAUUUCAGAGGUCAUACUCAGCUGAUUCAGUGAAAGAUGGCGUUUUUGGAGCAAUGAUGAAGGUUAGUUUGGUAAAUGAUGGCCCAGUGACAAUGCAAGUCGACUCACCCUCGCUGCAAGGCGCUGCUCAGUCAAGCAAUGGUGAUGAUGGUCUGGUUAGAGAUGGUGAAGCAAGACUACCUAAAGAGACAUGUUAAAUCUCUAUGAUUGGGUCUCCUGCCCACCUACACAUGAUUGGACCCUGGUCAAAGUUCUGCAUUAUACUAUCUUGAUGCAGAAUUUUGAGUUGCUGGUCAAGUUCAUAGCAGAAAGAAGCCUCCUGAUGUGCUAUUUGUAUGAGCCCUGUAACUUGUGCUUGAAAUAUUGGGGUCACAAUUUUUCCUAUGAAUUGCAAUAGAUCCUGUUGUCCGCUCUUGAAUUUAUUUAAACCAUCUUCGUGUUUUGUCAUUGGCAGCCAUUUCCAGCCUUGCCUCAGUCUGCGCAAACAUAGAAUUUGCAGUCAUACAUUUUUGUAACCUAUUUUCCUGCAAAUGACAGCAGCAGGCACUCUAGAAUCUAUACUUAUUAUCUUAUUAAUUCUCUUCUGUGGGAUGAUAGUCUUA